UUUUUCUAGAUCAACAGACCUAUACUGUUAACGAUGGUCACAACGAAUUGUGUUCAGGCUCUAUUUACUGCAGUUUUCGUACUGAACGGAAUUGGUGAGGCCAUAGCAGAGUACAAAAGAGUUUGUUAUUACACAAAUUGGGCACAGUACCGACCGGAUCCUUUCAAGUAUUUCCCCGAAAAUAUUGACCCAUUUCUCUGUACGCAUAUUAUCUACGCCUUCGGAAAAGUUAGCGGCCUCGAUAUCCAGCCAUAUGAAUGGAAUGACGCAGGUCAAAACGCCAUGUAUGAGAGGACAAUGGCAGCAAAAGCAAAGAAUCAAGAUUUGAAAAUUCUAAUUGCCAUUGGAGGAUGGAAUCAAGGAUCUGGUCCAUUUACAGCCGUGGUUGAAAGUGAAAAUGAUAUUGACACGUUUGCUGGAAACUCCAUAGAUUUCCUCAGAAAGCAUAAUUUUGACGGGUUAGAUUUGGAUUGGGAAUAUCCGGGAAAUAGAGGAAGUCCACCUGAAGAUAAACAAAGGUUUACAAAACUUGUUAAUAUACUGAGAAUGGAGUUCGAAAAUGAGGCCCAAGCAUCUGGAAGAGAAAGAUUGUUAUUAACUGCAGCCGUUGCCGCUGGAAAGGGAACAGUAGAUUCAGCUUACGAAAUCUCAAAAAUAGCGGCUGAUCUAGAUUUCAUCAAUUUAAUGGCGUAUGACCUUCAUGGUUCAUGGGAAAAGACAACUGGUCACAACAGUCCACUGUAUCCUAGAAACGACGAAACAGGAGACGAACGAACACUAAAUUCGGACUGGUCUGCUCAAAACUGGGUAGAUCAAGGAACACCUAAAGAAAAACUUAUUCUAGGAAUUGGAACUUAUGGUAGAUCAUUUAAGUUGGCAAAUUCCGCAAACAAUGGAUUUGGUGCAGCAACUGCUGGUGCAGGAUCUCCAGGAAAAUAUACAAAAGAAGAUGGCUUUCUAAGCUACUAUGAGAUUUGUUCAAACGGAUGGACAAAAGCAUGGAAUGAUGAGCAUAAAGUGCCAUAUGCAUAUUCUGGAGAUCAGUGGGUGGGAUACGACGAUGUUCGAAGUGUAACACUAAAAGCAAAGUAUAUCAAAGAGAAAGGACUAGGAGGUGCUAUGUUUUGGGCCCUGGAUUUGGACGACUUCAUAGGGGAUGAAUGCGAUGACGGCGCUUAUCCUUUGUUAUCAGCAGUAACAAAAGAACUCACAAAUAAUGACUCACCACCGCCAAAACCAGUAACUGCUCCGACGGGUUUUCACAAAGUAUGCUAUUUCGACAACCAGGGACAAUAUAUCAAAAGUCCGUAUACUUUUAAAGCAGACCAAAUAGAUGCUAACCUGUGUACUCAUAUAAUCUAUAAAUCAGCUAAAAUAGUAGGAACUGAUAUCAAGCCUACAGAAACCAAUGAUCUAGGAAAUAGUGGUAAGUAA